AAUUUCUGUGUUUCCGAAGAGAAUAUCAAAUCCCUAAAAAAAAAAAAAAAAAAAAAAAAAAAAAGAAAGAAAAAAGGAAAAAGCCCUCAUUUUUAUGAGUAAUUAGGGUUUCGAUUUCUUUAUUCGCCAAAAUGGACGUCGACGUUUCUCGGUGGAUUCUGGAAUUUCUUCUCCGGAAAUGCGACGACGACGGUGUUGUCAAGAAAGCGCUCAAAGUAAUUCCCUUCCCGAACGACGAGUCACGCUUGAAGAAGGUCGUACUUCUCAGAGCCAUCGAAUCCGAGGUGUCGGAAGCUUCGGUGAGCGAAAAAAUCCUCGAGAACUUGGAGAUGUUAGAGGAACUAGAUCAGAGAGAAGGCACAGAUACACUAGACUCCAUGAAAGCCGCGUACUGUGCAGUGGCAUUGGAGUGUACGGCCAAAUAUCUAAGUGCGAGCAAACCGGGUAAAUAUUUUGAAGCCGUGAGGCGGAUUUGGAGAGGAAGGGUCUCUCACAUGGAGAGAUCUGGCAAGAGCCGCCUGUUAACGGAGGAGUUGAAGAAGAACGGUGAAGAGGUUGAAGCGGCAAUUUGGGAUGCUAACGUUUCCAAGAAGCUGUGUAGAAUGAACACCAGGAACGAAGCUCUCGGAUUGCUCAGUGUUUAUUUAGGAGAGGCGUGGGCUUUAAUGGGUCCCUCGUUCAUUGAAUGGGCAGCAAGAUUGAGUAUCAAGGAUAAAGGAGUUGACGGUUCAGGAGUUGAAGAGGGGAUUGGUGACGGAGUUGAUAGGGAUCGAGGUGAUGUCGAUAAUGGUGGGAAUGCGAAGGAUGGUGGUCAUGAGGUGGGUGCGCAAUCCAAUGUAGGAGUAGAAGUGCCGGAGCAGGUGGUAGUGGAUUCGCCGGAGCGGUGCGCGGAAUCGGGUUUGAAUGGUCUUCUUGAAUUGGCUGUUCAAUUCGAGAACCGGGUGGAUGGGAAUGGGAAUGUGUCUGAUCACAACCCCGCGGCCAAGAAAGAAGUGACUACGCCUAAAGAUAAAGAAACCCGAAAGGAAAAUGUGGGGCUUAGAUGCAAACAUGUUGCAGCCCACCGACGCCACAGAGGUCCAGCCAGAAUUACUAAUGGUGGGGAUUUGGACCCUGAGGCACUCUGCAACAAGGAUGAUUCCUUAUCUAGUGCUGACGUUAACAAAGCACGUCAAUCACUUAAAUCUAGCCGUAUGGAGUUACUCGCAGUAGUGACGGACCCACUUCCGGAGGCGAUACAAAGGUCUGAAAUUAUAAUUUCUAAUUUGGCAACAAAAAAUGUGAAUCAUGAGCCUUCUUUGCAAAAUGAAGGUCGAAAGGACUUAGACGAAUCAAAUUCAUCUGUUGACAAGAAUGCUGAAACUAUUCAACCUAGUGAUAUCAAUGUUGGAGAUCCAUCCUGCAGUCAUCAGAAGAAUAAUGUUCCUCGUCCUACCUUGAUGGAACGUAAUAGCACUGCCCAGACUUAUGAGUGGGAUGAUUCCAUUGAUGGCUCGCCUGAAAGAAAUAGACUUCACCUUCCCAGUCCAAAGAGGAAGAUAAGUUCUCCUUUGCAAAAGUAUGAAAUGACAAAAAUUGCUAAACGGAGAAAAAUUAAGAAAUGGAGCUUGGUCGAAGAAGAGACAUUAAGGGAUGGUGUAAAAAAGUUUGGUAAAGGGAACUGGAAACUCAUCUUGAACUGUUAUCGUGAUGUAUUUGAAGAGAGAACGGAGGUUGAUUUGAAGGAUAAAUGGAGGAACAUGUCGCGGUAUUGAACAUGUCAACAGUAUUCAACAUGUAACAGCUUUUUGUAUAUUGGCUGGUGUUGUAAAAUAUCAGUGACGCGCCUGAACAAUAUUGGCUGCUGUUGUAAAAUAUCAGUGACACGCACCUGAACAAUGUUACAACACCUGAACAAUGUUACAUACCUCGUGACUCUUUCUGGUUUUUACGUCAUCUCAGUAACUUUGUACACAGUAGGAUAUUGUACAUAUUGAUGAAAUUAAUUCAUUUUGGCGAACUUUAGAAUUUUUCUAUAAGAUAUGUAGAGUUGUUCCAAUUAAAUUUUCAUUUUAGUUUUAUUAUGCCUUUGAAGUAGCUGGUAUGAGUAAAACUUUUAUGAUAGCCGAAAAUUAUUAAAAAAAACACCUAUCUCUUUGUGUUGCUCAAAGGAUACGAAACUAUACAUUGUAUAUGGGGAAAAGGAAUAGGAAACCUAAUUGUAUGUCUUUUUGAUAAUUUAAUGAUAUCAAAGUUAGAUUUAUAUUUUAAUUUUUAUUUAUGAUGGACAACCUUGGUGGUAGAAGAAUGUUGUGGGUCAUUUUUAUCUCGUGUUCCUGGAAAUCGUUGCAACAUAUGACAAAGCAAUAAGUUUUUAAUAAUGCUAUAUUUAUUAAAUUUGUUAAACAAAUGAUGUGACAGAUAGAUGAUAUUUUUAAGGAUUAUUUUUUAAUUUAUUUUUCUAUUUAAAAAUUUAUUUAUUCGUAUUUAUGUUAUAUAAAUAUAUUAAUCAAUUAUAUUGUAAUAUAUGUUAUUUGAUAAAUAUUUUAAUACAUGUAAUAUUACUUAUAGGAGUUAUACUUAGGACUUUUUAUAGGUAUUAUACUUGACGACUCUUUAAUGUGUUUGGGACUUUUUAAUGUGUUUGGGUAACCGUGGUUAAGAAUCUAUAUGUUUCAAACCAUUUUCCUUCUUAAGAAGUCUAAGUCAACAAACAUAGCACACUUUGAUUGAAUUCCUUGCAGUGGUGGAACCAUCUGUGUCUCCACUAGGCGGCCUGACUUUAUUUUUUUCAUAUCAAUAAUUUUCAAGAUCGAUCUUUGUAACUCAAUUUACAAACCGAUUUCAUUUCUAAAACUUUCUCGCAGUUCCUCAGACAAACUGUGCUAACUGCGAAGAUCUUCUGCUGUCCUUCACUCAUACCUAAACCUAGAAAAGAAAAGAAACAGUCUUUUUGACGAAAGUUGCCAUGGCUAAGUUUGCAGUUGGAGAGGUGGCAUUUGUGGGGUUGAUAGCUUGCAUGUUGGUAUGUGCAUCUCCUCGAGUUGAUGCAAAAAUAACGUGCCUUCAGGUCACCAACUGGCUGACACCGUGCAUCAGCUAUGGAGUGAUGGGAGGGUCGGUGCCAAUGGAAUGCUGUACUGGAAUUCAUGAACUGAAUGCUGCUUACAAGACCAUAGAGGAUAUCAGAAAAGCUUGCAGUUGUGUUCAAAAUGGUGCUGCUAUGAGUCCUGGAGUUGACUAUGAUCGUAUUAAUGAGCUUCCUGGAAAAUGUAGCUCUAAUUUUCCCUACAGAGUCUAUCCCGAUACCGAUUGCUCUAAGGUAGGUUUUGCACUGUCUGAGCAAAGCUCAAAGUAAUCUGAUAUGAGAGUAAAGCUCCUUGGAGAAUCGAUGUCCUUCACAUGAAGCUACUAGCUAUAUUGUACCUGUAUAGCUUGCCACAUAUAAUAAAUCUUUAAAUUCUUUUCAAUCGUGGGACUUGGGAGAGGAAGAGAUUUGAGGAUAUAAUGUACCAAAAAACCAUUGCAAUCAUACUUUUAAUUCUUGAUAAGUGGCCUGAUAUCAAAUCAAAUUACUUAAUCACUUGUAACAAUUUUGAUACUUGGAAUAUAUCUAUAUAUUGCUGAUUUUAUAUCA